UCUCUGCGCUGUGCUGGCUCUAUGGACGUUACUUGUAUGAGACGCUGAAGUACCCCAUAGGAUUGGUGGAGUCCUGUUUUGGAACCACACCUAUCGAAGCCUGGUCAUCUUCAAGAGUACUGCAGCAAUGUGGACUUGAGAACAGCGGAUUAACAUUUCCUGAUUAUAAAAGGAACUCUGUCUUGUGGAAUGCAAUGAUCCGCCCACUGCUCAAUAUGACCAUCAAAGGAGCCAUCUGGUACCAAGGUGAGGCAAAUGCAUUUAGUCGUCAACCCCGCAAGUACAGCUGUUCCUUCCCUGCUUUGAUUGAUGACUGGAGGAGGGCAUUUCAUGAGGGUUCAGGGGGACAGACAGCUGACGACUUCCCAUUUGGUUUUGUCCAGCUGUCCACAUUCCAACCACACUCGACUGCAGAAAACUUCCCAUUUCUCCGCUGGCACCAGACAGCAGACAUCGGCUAUGUCCCGAAUCCCCAAAUGCCAAAAACCUUUAUGGCUGUGGCUUUGGAUUUACCAGAUCCAUCAUCACCUUUUUUUCC